UCCACCGUUUUCUCUCUCUUCUCGCUCGAUGUUCAGGAACGACUAGUGAGGAAGAACUCGCGCUAGUUCUGCGAGUCGGCACUAAGUUUGUGACCUGGAAUAAACGAGACACUUCUAAAAAGCGCAGCGUCGAGAGGAGCCUUAAACCGUCUUGCGAAAGGGGAAGAGCAGAUUUAAAGACGUGUAUUCCCCAAAGACAGCGCCAUGAGUCGCAGCAUUGUGCGCCAGAGCAAGUUCCGGCAUGUUUUUGGGCAAGCGGUGAAAGCGGAUCAAAGUUAUGAUGAUAUCCGGGUUUCCAAAGUGACAUGGGACAGUUCAUUCUGUGCAGUUAACCCAAAGUUUCUGGCAGUUAUAGUGGAGUCAAGUGGAGGCGGGGCUUUUCUGGUUCUGCCUCUCUCAAAGGUGGGUCGAGUGGACAAAAACUACCCUCUAGUGGUUGGACACUCAGGGCCUGUUCUGGACAUUGACUGGUGUCCACACAGUGACAAUAUCCUGGCCAGCUGCUCUGAAGACACCACUGCCAUGGUAUGGCAGAUCCCCGACCACACUCCCUGUCGUCCCAUCAGUGAGCCCAUUGUGGUGUUGGAGGGUCACUCUAAACGUGUGGGCAUCAUCAAAUGGCACCCCACUGCCCGCAACAUACUCCUCACUGCAGGCAGUGAUAAUCUGAUCAUCAUCUGGAAUGUGGGCACUGGAGAACCCUUGAUCACAAUGGAUGACCAUCCUGAUCUCAUAUAUAAUGUCAGCUGGAACUACAACGGUAGCUUGUUCUGCACCACCUGUAAGGACCGUCGCCUUCGAGUGUGUGAUCCCCGGAAAAAUGAGGUGGUGGCGGAAAGAAUGUCCCCACAUGAGGGCAUCCGACCAAUGAGAGCCAUUUUUACCAGAGAGGGCAACAUUUUCACCACAGGUUUCACCAGGAUGAGCCAGAGAGAGCUUGGCCUGUGGGAUCCGACUAAUUUUGAAGAGCCCAUAGCACUACUGGAGUUGGACACAAGUAAUGGAGUUUUAUUGCCUUUUUAUGAUCCAGACACUAACAUUGUAUAUCUCAGUGGCAAGGGUGACAGCAGUAUUCGGUAUUUUGAGAUCACAGAGGAACCUCCCUAUGUGCAUUACAUCAGCACAUUCAGUAGUAAGGAGCCACAGAGAGGAAUGGGCUUCAUGCCCAAGAGAGGAAUGGACGUCAGCAAGUGUGAGAUUGCCAGAUUAUAUAAACUCCAUGAAAGAAAGUGUGAGCCUAUUAUGAUGACAGUACCCAGAAAGUCGGACCUGUUCCAGGAUGAUCUUUACCCAGACACAGCAGGCCCAGAUCCAGCUCUGGAACCUGAAGAAUGGAUGGACGGACGAGACGCAGACCCCAUAUUAGUGUCAAUGAGGGAUGGCUAUGUUCCUCCAAAGAGUAGAGAGCUAAAGGUGGCCAAGACGAAUGUUCUAGACACCAGACCUGCAACACGUAGAAGCAUGUCUAACGUAGAUGGAAGUAGUUUGCCCCCUCAGUUGUUGGAGAAGCUUGUUGAGGAGAUCCAAAAUCUGAAGGCCACAGUUCUGUCACAGGAGAAACGAAUCUGUGACUUAGAGAAUAAGCUCUCUAAGUACACUAAUGGCACAGUCUGAAUAAAGCCAACUCAUCCUGUGCACACUUACCAAUUCACUGCUAACCCCUCACAAUUAAAGUAUGAGCACAGAUAGGCCAAGCCACCUCAACUCAGCUUUUAUAAACAGUUUUAAACUCCAGUUCAACUGGCUGUACCGCCACUUGAAUUUUUGACUUCACAGGCUUUUUUUUAAAUGUGAAUGAAUCACCUAUACAGUAGGUACAUUUUGGAGCAUUAGGAGAUUUAAUUUGGCAAAGGCACUUAGAAUGCUCAUCCUGAUGCUUUGUAGAAAAAUUGUUAAUAUUGUGUAGUAGUGCACAAUAUUAGCUGUAUUCCUUAAAUGCUUAAGGAAUCAUAUCAGGAAGAAUUUAUGUCAGCUAUGCAAAAGGUAGGCAAAAACCACCUUCAUUUUAGGAUUUACAAAUCCUUUAAUGUACCUACUGCUUUUUAACCUUGAAAUGCUGACAAAGAAUGACACAAGAAAUGUAGCUGCAGCUUUCUGUAGUGGUUAACAGUCAUAGUGUCUUUGGUAGUCUCUGUGUGAACAUACCUCAUUGUAAAGACCAGGACUUGGGAUCAGAUGGUAGCAUAUGUAGCUCUUAUUUGGUCAAGCAACAUCUAUGGCAUGACUAUGAUAUGUCAGGGCAGUAGCGAGCUCAGUAAUGCCGCCAAUAUACUACACGAUUUCAAAGUUUUCGAAUUGCUGUUCGAUUUAUACUAGACUAACUUGUUUAGGCCACAUGAAGUUGCUGUGGUUUGGUGAUUUUGGGUGACACAUCACAGUUUCACUAGAAAGAAUCCUGUCUCAUUUACAAAAUGCAUUCGCAAUAACUGAUACAGUAAUGGAGAAUUGAUACGGACUGGAAUUCCUCCAAUUAAUGGUGAUCUGCAAGAAACCUGUGAUGUAGAUUGUCUGUGCACUGAUUUGCAGCAAAAAAACAAAAAGAAAAAAGAAAAAAGGAGAAUGUGGAGGACAGAUGGUUGAGAAGACGACUUCUCCCCCCAAAAUUUCUCUUCUACUAUAUCUUGUUCUCUCAUUGGCUGUAGUUCAUCGCCAUUGUCAUUUCCAGUCAAAAUAUUUCACACUGCAGGGCCCAGAUAUUUAGCCUGCUAAUUAUUUUUUGAGUAUCAAUGCUUUUCUCAGAUCAUGUCUUUUAUAAUUUACGCUAUACAAGCAUCACUCACAUGAAUAAAUACUGCUUUGCCUCAGAUUUCAGGCUUAUUUCCAGAAAAAAAAUUUUUUGAUGGUGACCUCCAGAAAAACUGGGCCUAAAAUCGUGUAGCGUAUACCUGGCGUAAGAGUUCUGCACAUUACUUCAUGCCAUUUUAUCGUAAAGGGACAGUUCACCCAAAAAUUCUAAUGCUCUUGAUAUACUCACCUUUAUAUUGUUCCAAAAUAUGAUGUAUUCUGUAAAAUAUGUUGAAAGUUGUUGCUAAAUGUCCAAGCUGCUUUUUCCAUACAGUGAACGUGAGUGAUUACUCAGGCUGUGGAGCUCCAAAAAUAACAAAAAAUAAGCACAAAAACGUACCAUAAAAGUGGUCCAUAUUACUUGUGCACUAAAUUCCAAAUGUUCUGAAGACUUGCCAGGUUUGACAUCAGUGAUGAUUCUUGUGCAGCAGAUUGUGAUGUCACAUAUUUAAAAAUAUUUAAAUCAAACCAAGCACAUAUAUUUGAGAUCUACAUCAGAAGGAAUUAAAAACAGCUAUUUAUGGUCUGUUUGUCAUACAAAUUAUAUAUAGAACACAGAGGACUUGGAAUACAGUGCUUGAGUGUGUCAGUGUGUUAAUUAGUAAUAUAUAUAUAUAUAUAGAGAGAGAGAGAGAGAGAGAGAGAGAGAGAGAGAGAGUUUUUUCUUCUUUUUUAAUCAUGCCAGCAUUGAUACAUUGAUACACACUUUCAUUGCACGGAAAAACAGCCUGAACAUUCUCUUAAAAUAAGAUAGGAUUAAAAGAGACAUGUAACUUAGGUGAGUAAACAAAAACAGUUUUCAUCCUUGGGCGAACAGUUCCUUCAGGCAGAUGCAGGUGGCUCCUGGGCAAAUUUUUAUAUAAAGAUAUCUAAUGUUAUUAACAUAAAUCUAAUGAUUUAACAUAAAAAGCAAAAGGAUGUUUGCAUAGCCAGCAGCUUUCCAUUUGACCCUCUUUGUAUGAGUGCUUGCAUUAUAGACUCUACUAUUUUGCUAUUUUACUAAAUUGCUACUAACCUCUCACUUUACACAUCUCUGCCUUUCCAGCUUUGACCAACACAAUUAAAACUCAUGUGGCUUCUGUUUAACAUUUCAAAAUGUAAAUAUUAUUCUAAAACAACAACAACAACAUCAACAAAAAACCAUGAAAAACAGCAAAACAUCAAAACCAAAGACUUUGAUUUGUGUUUAUAUAGAGGAUAAUUUGUGAGUAUUAUGGUUUGAAUAAAACUCUUUUUGUACA